ACACGAGGGCAUCCAUCCGUAUCUCUUCUGGUGAGCGGUCUGGGUUUACAAAUAGAGGAAAAGUGGUGGAUGCUGGCCGCAGAAGGAGCUGUCUCUCUCCGACAAACGGAGCCCCAAACAUCUCAACGUUCUCUUUUCUUUCGGGGGCCUUUUUCUCUCCUCCACGAGGUCCACCGAGGCGCACGGCGGCGGUGGUUUGGUCGCGGAUCGAGCUGCCAUGUCUCUGCGGGGGGAAGCGUGUGUGGUGACGGGAGCCGCGGGGUUCCUGGGGCAGCGGCUGGUGAGGCUGCUGCUGGAGGAGGAGCAGGCCGCUGAGAUACGACUGCUGGACCGACGGGUCCGGCCGCAGCUUUUAGAGGCGCUGGAGGACGUUCGAGGCGACACCCAGCUGAGUGUGUUCGAGGGCGACAUCAGAGACGGAGAAUUCCUGAGGAAAAGCUGUCGGGGAGCGUCGAUUGUGUUCCACGUGGCGUCCAUCAUCGACGUGAAGGACGCGGUGGAGUACGGCGAGAUACACGGGGUCAAUGUCAAAGGAACGCAGCUGCUUCUGGAGGCUUGCGUCCAGGAGAACGUGGCGUCCUUCAUCUACACCAGCACCAUCGAGGUGAUGGGACCCAACGCCAGGGGCGAGCCCGUCGUCAACGGCGACGAGGACACGGCGUACGAGUGCGCUCUGAAGUUCGCCUACAGCAAGACCAAGAAGGAGGCCGAGCGGCGGACCCUGCAGGCCCACGGCGAGCUCCUGCGCAACGGCGGCCGACUGGCCACGUGCGCCCUGCGGCCCAUGUACAUCUACGGCGAGGGCUGCCGCUUCCUGCUGGGCCACAUGGCCGACGGGGUACGCAACAAAGACGUGCUGCUCCGCAUGUCCCGCCCGGAGGCCCGGGUCAAUCCCGUGUACGUGGGCAACGUGGCCGCGGCCCACCUGCAGGCGGCGCGCGGCCUCCAAGAUCCGCACAAGAGGAACGCCAUCGGGGGAAAGUUUUACUUCGUGUCCGACGACACGCCGCUCGUCAGUUACUCGGACUUCAACCACGCGGUGAUGGCGCCUCUGGGCUUCCGCGUUCAGGAGAGGCUCAUGUACCCGCUGUGGCUCCUCUACUCAUUCUGCUUCCUGAUGGAGGUGCUGUGCGGCGCGCUGCGGCCUCUGGUGCGCGUGGUGCCGCCGCUGAGCCGGCAGCUCGUCACCAUGUUGAACACGCCGUUCAGCUUCUCCUACCAGCGGGCCAGGCGGGACCUGGGUUACGCCCCCAGGUACACCUGGGAGGAGGCCCGCCGACGCACCACCGAGUGGCUCGCCUCGGAGCUGCCGGCGGAGAGGCAGAGAAUAAGAGCCAAGUAGGUCACGGGGAGCCGCGGAGGGCUUCGGCGGAGGAGAACCUGAAGGCCACCAGACGUUCACGUAGAGGCGCCAUUCCCGGUUUCAUGUUGCUGCGGCAGCUUUGGUUCUCUCGAGUCACCACGAGGAGGCCCCACGUUCCCACCGCGUGGCUCAUGUCUGCGUCCCCCGUCGUCUCUGUACUCAAGGUCUGCAUUAAAGUGAAAAAACAACUUGCA